AUGCCCCAGCUGCUCAAGUUAGCUUCAGCGCAAAGUCGCACCCUAUCGACCACUGCAGAAACCCUCGCCGCCCUCGAAGCCACCACCAAACGCGCCGCCUCCCUGGGUAUCGAUGUGCUCCUCUUUCCUGAAGCCUAUCUUGGCGGAUACCCCCGUACUUGUUCCUUUGGUGCUGCGGUGGGCGCUCGCGCUCCGUCUGGUCGCGAUCAAUUCCUCGCCUAUUUCCACGAUGCUGUCGAUCUCGGCGAUACACCUGCAGGCGCCGGGGCGGCCUGGCUAGACCGCAAGUUGGAGCUGCCUCGUGGCAAGGAGUACCGUGGUGAUGGGACGAGAGAGGAGUUGGAGAGGAUUGCGCGAGAAACGGGGGUAUUUGUUGUGACGGGGCUUGUAGAGAAGAGUGGAGGCACGUUGUAUUGCGGCGUCGUAUUUGUGUGUCCAAAGUUGGGCGUUUUGGGCAAGAGGAGGAAGGUUAUGCCCACGGGGUCUGAGAGGCUGAUUUGGGGUCAAGGAUCGGCGAGUACGCUGAGGGCAGUUACAACGGAAAUCAAGGGCGUAAGAUUGACAAUGGGAAGCGCCAUUUGCUGGGAGAAUUACAUGCCAUUGUUGCGACAAAGCCUGUAUGCACAGAAUGUCAAUCUGUGGCUUGCACCUACGGCAGACGCAAGGGAUGCAUGGGCAAGUCUAAUGAGAACAGUGGGCUGUGAAGGUCGAUGCUUCGUGCUCAGUGCGAACCAAUGUGUCAAGAAAAAGCAUCUCCCUAAAUGGAUAACAGGAGAGAAGAAAGGAGAUGCUCUUCAGAUGCAGAGCAGUUCUCAAAGCGUAGAUCAAAUCCGCUCGGAGCAGCCCACUGGCAGUGGAAGACGCAAGAGUACAAUCACUAGAACUGAGGAAGGUCAUGAAAUUUGCCUGCCCAUCAAAACGAACGACGACGAAUCAGCUAUUGACUCCUCUCCAUAUCCAGACGAAGAGUCGCAGAUCUCGAGCCCUAAACAGCAGCCUAUUGCUGCGAUCAAUUCGUGUUUUGCUGAUGGCCAAGAGUUUGUAUCUCGCGGCGGCUCAAUGAUUGUAUCACCACUAGGCGAUGUUCUCGCUGGACCAGUCUGGGAGAAGGAAGACGAAUUGCUGAUUUCCGACGUGGACUUUGAAGAUUGUGAGAGGGGGAGAUUAGAUCUAGACGUUGGGGGCAGUUACUCGAGAUCUGAUAGCUUCAAGCUGUACGUCGAAGGGUUGGAUCUGAGUCCACCGCCUUUCUGA